UAAAGAUGGUUCGAUGAACCCUUUGCCAUGUACUUAAAUGUGAUUUGCAGAAUAUCCAUAUAGAUGUAGUUGUAGAUUUUGAUCGAUUCUUCAUCAUUUUUCAGCUUGGAUCAAGGGUAGUAGUUCUCACAACAGUGAAUUGUGAGACAAAAAAAUAGGGUCGGCUCUUACUGGUUGCUCAAAUAAUAGCACGGCUUUCUUUUUUUUUCUCAGCCACACACUGAGUAAUAUUCUCAGAGUUGGAGAGUAGUCUUUCCUGCACGAAAACAGAAGCAGUCUCGUAGUCACUGGCAUCAGUGACUCACGUCAGUAAGAAUCGGGACUGGGCGUAUAGAAAUAUUACUGGCUCCGGCGGUGGUGGCGUGGGAUGCAGGUGCAAGUUUUCGUUGCCAAUGGAAGCAUGGAGAUAAACGGCGGGAAAUUAUAACAUCUCUGUAUUUAUGCGGGAGCCAUGUUAACGCGCGAAGUUCUGUGUUGGUCAUAGUGAAGUGACGGUGUUAGCUAAGGUUGCGUUGUUUAUGUUGUGAUUUGAACAUCAAAGGAGAAAAUGUUUGACCCACACGAUUCUAUGCAAGGUGGUUAUUACAACAACUCGACAAACUUUGAUAGCCCAUCAACCCAACAGCCAUCUAAAGCUCCCGCAAAUAAACGAGACCAAAAUGUUGUUCCUGUAACAAUAAAUCAGAUAUUGACAAGUGCAGAUUCGGGGCUAAAGAUUGGGACCCAGGAUAUCACACUGGUUACAAUUUGUGGUAUCAUAACAAGAAUGCAGGUGGCAUCAAUGAAAGUGACUUACGUGAUAACUGAUGACACAGGAUCAAUUGAAGCACACUUAUGGGUUGAAGCUGAUGAUGACCAGAAUGCUGUGCCUGUCAUAGUUGAGAAUACGUACUGUCGAAUAUAUGGAUCUGUUCGAACUCAGCAAGGGAAGAAACACAUAAUGAUUUUUAAGAUCAUGCCUCUUGAAAGUCUAAAUGACCUCACAGUUCACAUGCUGGAAAUCGUUCACGCAAAUACAAUGGCAGCAGCUGUCAAGAAAGUGGAUACGACCAAUGGAAUGAAUACCGGGGACAGUCAUCUUAGCAAUUCCUUAAUGUCUACGUCAUACAGUGCCAGCAUUUCCAGUGGUUUUAAUCCUGCUCAGCAAAUGGUUUUUGAUGUUGUUAAGAAGUCAUCUGAUCCAACAGGAAUUCCGAGGACUGAAGUUAUCAAUGCCCUGAAAGGAAAACUAUUGCCAAAGAAUAUUAAUGACAUUCUCGCUUUUAUGUGUGGUGAAGGCCACAUAUAUACAACUAUUGAUGAAGAUCAUUUCCAAUGCACAGACUGAAUUGGUUAAAAUAUAUUUGCUGACCACUUGUAAAUAUUGUUUUUGGAGAUAUAUGUGGUAAUAUAUUUGGUAAUAAAACAUUGUAUCAAUAAUA